AUGCAGAGGCAAACUGUUUCCACUCCAAGAAGGAAAUUUGAUGAAAGCUCAGAACUUCCCCUCUACAACAAGCACAAUGGCAAUCACAAGAGGGAGUUUUUGGGGUCCCGAUUGUUGGUUCAUCUGAUCCCCGUGAUUGUGCUGAUUUGCCUCUUAAUUCUCUGGUGGUGGUCUUACCCAGUGAAUUUGGAGAUCAAGAAUGGAAGAAUAAUAGCUAUUCACCGUAUAGAGAUUCCCGAGAGUGUGAAUGAAACUCGAGUUGAUCUCACGAUCCUGGCAUUGACGCUUCCACCGUAUCCAUCAAUUCGUCUGAUACAGCCAGUAAACAAUGAUACUGCUGCAGCAGAGCCAGCGAGUAUGGGCAAAAAUGUGCACGAAGCCCAUUACGGUGGAAAUCGGUGGUGGGAAUGCCACAAGAACCAAGGAAUGACUGGCAUCAAUGAGAUGGAUUCAGCAGAAAAUGAGCAGAAUCAGUCAUCACCACUCGGACAGCCUUUGCCGAGGGACUCUCGGGGAUCUUUAGAAGUGUUCAAUCCAUCAACUUAUUCUUCUUCUUCUGCCAGGUCGGUGAGUCCCGUGUUCGGAUCACAGCCCUCUUGGCAGAGCAGGAUAGACCGGCCUAAGACGUCUAAUAAUCCCGAGCCAGAAUUGGAACACAAGUUCUCUUCAAAAUCAGGCCGAACAAAUGCUGAUGAAAUCACCUCAUGGAUGGCCCUCAAGGUGCAAAAUCCUCCAUCACCACCACCAUCACAGCACCACCAGCUGUCACCGGUUUCUCAGUCAGCAAUUAUUAACCGUGAACACGACGGCCAGAAAUCUCCAGCAGGCGGAGAAGCUGGGGCUGCUGCUCAAAGAGCUGCAGAGUGGGGACUAGUGUUGAAAACUGACAGUGAGUCUGGCAAGUUACAAGGGGUUAAAGUAAGAACUUCUGGAGAUGAUCCCAAUAAACCAGGAAAUUCGAGGAGGGAUUCCGGUAACUCUGUCCGGACCUCCGGCGAUUCUGAUGAUGGAAUAGGUAAAGACAGAGGGUUUCCAAGAGUAUCAGAGGACUUGAAAGAUGCAUUAUCUGCAUUUCAACAGACAUUUGUGGUAUCAGAUGCAUCAAAACCUGAUUUCCCAAUUAUGUAUGCAAGUGCUGGAUUCUUUAAGAUGACUGGUUACACGUCCAGGGAGGUCGUAGGCAGGAACUGUCGGUUCUUACAAGGUAAGGAUACAAAUCCCGAGGACGUGGCGAAGAUCAGGGAGGCAUUAGAUUCAGGAACAACUUAUUGUGGUAGGUUGCUGAAUUACAAGAAAGAUGGGACCCCUUUUUGGAAUCUCCUAACAAUUGCACCCAUCAAGGAUGAAAAUGGAAAAGUUCUCAAAUAUAUUGGAAUGCAAGUUGAAGUAAGCAAGCACACAGAGGGCGCCAAGGAAAGGGUGACCCGGCCCAAUGGGCUUCCCGAAUCAUUGAUCCGCUACGAUGCGCGGCAGAAGGAGAUGGCGUCGAGUUCAGUAACUGAGUUACUCGAGGCAGUGAAGAAACCCAGAGCAAGGGCAUUGAGCGAAUCCACAAAUCGACCUUUAAUGCGAAAAUCUGAAGACAGUGGGCUAGAAAAAUUUGACCCCAUUAAUGGGCGAAACUCUGAAAACAAGGCUCCGGCUCACCCUGCUAGGCGCCAUUCCCAUGCCGGAACGAGAAGUUCAAUGCAGAAAAUCAUAGAGGUCCCAGAGAAGCCUCAGAAGAAAUCUAGCCGUAAAUCUUUCAUGGCGAUUUUAAGGAAAGGUAAACGAUCAAGUGCUGCUGAAGAAUUUGAGGACAAUAUUGUUACAAUGGAUGAGGAUGAUAAAGAUAAUUCUUCGGAGAGUGACGACGAUGCAAGGCCAGAUAGUGUUGAUGACAAAGUUCGAAAAAAGGAAAUGAGAAAGGGAAUUGAUUUAGCCACAACACUCGAACGUAUAGAGAAGAACUUUGUGAUUACUGAUCCGAGGCUGCCUAAUAAUCCCAUUAUUUUUGCAUCAGAUAGUUUCUUGGAACUGACAGAGUACAGUCGAGAAGAAAUCCUGGGAAGAAAUUGCAGAUUUCUUCAAGGCCCUGAAACUGAUCCAGCAACCGUGAGGAAAAUCAGGGAGGCAAUUGAUAACCAGAGAGACGUCACAGUGCAACUCAUCAAUUACACGAAAAGUGGCAAAAAGUUCUGGAACUUGUUUCAUCUGCAGCCUAUGCGUGAUCAGAAGGGAGAAGUGCAGUAUUUUAUUGGAGUGCAGCUAGAUGGAAGCGAGCAUGUAGAACCGCUUCAUAACUGUAUUCCUGAGGUCACUGCACAGGAGAGUGCUAAGCGGGUGAAAGAAACAGCUGAAAAUGUUGAUGAAGCUGUGAGGGAGCUUCCGGAUGCCAAUAUGAAACCCGAGGACUUAUGGGCAAAUCAUUCAAAAGUCGUUCACCCAAAGCCCCAUAGGAAGGGUAGUGCGUCUUGGAACGCAAUUCAAAAGAUUCUGGACAGUGGAGAACAGAUAGACUUGAAACAUUUUAGGCCAAUAAAACCACUAGGAUCAGGUGACACUGGAAGUGUGCAUCUAGUAGAACUAUGUGGAACUGAACAUCAAUUUGCCAUGAAAGCAAUGGAUAAGGGCGUGAUGCUCAACCGAAACAAGGUGCACAGAGCUUGUGCAGAAAGAGAGAUACUAGACAUGUUGGACCACCCUUUUCUUCCUGCAUUGUAUGCUUCAUUUCAGACCAAAACUCAUAUUUGUUUGAUAACUGAUUACUACCCUGGUGGAGAGCUCUUUCUACUUCUCGACAGACAGCCUACAAAAGUUUUGAAAGAAGACGCUGUAAGAUUCUAUGCUGCUGAAGUUGUAGUGGCACUGGAGUAUCUUCACUGUCAAGGUAUAAUUUACAGGGAUUUAAAGCCUGAAAAUGUUUUGCUUCAAGGCAACGGGCACGUGUCUUUGACAGACUUCGAUUUGUCCUGUUUAACUUCUUGCAAGCCCCAGCUUUUGAUUCCAGAAAUAAAUGAAAAGAAAAAGCAUCAAAAGGGUCGACAGGCUCCAAUCUUCAUGGCCGAACCAAUGCGAGCAUCAAAUUCUUUUGUUGGGACUGAAGAAUACAUAGCUCCGGAAAUCAUUACUGGAGCAGGUCACACUAGCGCAGUCGACUGGUGGGCCCUUGGCAUUCUGUUAUACGAAAUGCUCUAUGGAUACACACCAUUCAGGGGAAAGACGAGGCAGAAGACAUUUGCCAACGUUCUGCAUAAGGAUCUUAAAUUUCCUGCUAGUAAAGAUGUUAGUCUCCAAGCAAAGCAAUUAAUGUAUCGAUUGUUGCACAGAGAUCCCAAAAACAGGCUAGGAUCACGAGAAGGAGCAAAUGAAGUGAAGCAGCUUCCAUUUUUCAGGGGUGUAAAUUGGGCUCUUGUCCGUUGCAUGAAUCCUCCUGAGCUUGAUGCCCCUCUUUUCGGCGCAAAUGAGGAGGAAGACAAAUUUGUUGAUCCUGGAUUACAGGAUUUACAAAUAAAUGUUUUUUGA